ACACAAUUCUUGUGGAGGGAAUGCCCAGGACACGAAUUCGAUAGCGACGUUUAGAGAGAGAAAGAGUAACGUUUAGAGAGAGAGAGUAACGUUUCGGGAGGUAUUAUUGAGGGAGAGAGACAAAAGUGAGGGUUUGAUAACGGUUGACAGGGAGUGCCUAGUCCAUUUGGUUUUCUCUCACAUCGAUCCGAAUUGCUCGUAUCGUUUGGGUCAGUGUACUCUGUAUUCCUCUUCGAACUCAGUAAAUAUCGAUACAAAAUCUUAGAAAAUGGGCUUGAUUUCUGGAAUUUUCAUGGGGACGAUCGUCGGGAUCGUGUUGAUGGCUGGUUGGCGUCAUAUGAUGGGUUAUCGAAGCAACAAACGAAUCGCAAAGGCAGCUGAUAUAAAACUCCUUGGGUCCCUCAACAGAGAUGACCUGAAGAAAAUUUGUGGUGAUAAUUUUCCUGAUUGGAUAUCUUUCCCUGUUUAUGAACAGGUGAAAUGGUUGAAUAAGCAGUUGAGCAAACUGUGGCCAUAUGUUUCUGAUGCAGCCACAGCGAUAAUAAAAGAAUCUGUUGAACCUCUGUUGGAAGAGUAUCGACCUCCAGGGAUUACUUCCUUGAAGUUCAGCAAACUGACUCUUGGAACUGUGGCACCCAAAAUUGAAGGUAUCCGUGUUCAGAGCCUUAACAAAGGUCAGAUCACUAUGGAUAUUGACUUCCGAUGGGGUGGUGAUCCAAACAUCAUAUUAGGUGUUGAAGCUGCACUUGUUGCUUCAAUACCCAUUCAGUUCAAGGACCUUCAGGUUUUCACUGUUGUUCGUGUUAUCUUCCAACUUUCUGAAGAGAUUCCUUGCAUAUCUGCUGUCGUUGUUGCUCUGCUUUCUGAGCCGAAGCCUAGAAUUGAUUAUACUCUGAAGGCUGUUGGUGGAAGUUUAACUGCCAUUCCUGGAAUAUCAGAUAUGAUUGAUGAUACUGUAAAUUCAAUCAUUACAGAUAUGCUCCAAUGGCCCCACAGGAUUGUCGUUCCAAUCGGUGGACCUAUUGAUACAAGUGAAUUAGAGCUUAAACCACAGGGCAAUCUUACAGUAACAGUAGUGAAGGCAAAUGAUCUGAAGAAUAUGGAAAUGAUUGGGAAAUCUGAUCCUUAUGUGGUUGUGUACAUCCGACCAUUAUUCAAGGUCAAAACAAAAGUUGUUGAUAACAACCUGAAUCCUGUUUGGGAUCAAACAUUUGAAUUGAUUGCAGAAGACAAGGAGACACAGUCGCUUAUUAUAGAGGUUUUUGAUGAAGACAUUGGGGGAGACAAGCGACUUGGAAUGGUGAAAUUACCUUUGAUUGAGCUGGAAGCUGAAAAACUAAAAGAGGUUGAACUAAGACUGCUACCGUCAUUUGACAUGCUUAAAAUAAAAGAUAAGAAGGAUAGAGGAACUGUUACACUUAAGGUGCUGUAUCAUGAAUUUAACAAGGAAGAACAACUUGAAGCUCUGGAAGCAGAGAAGAGGAUCCUAGAAGAGAGAAAGAAACUGAAAGAGGCAGGAGUUAUAGGGAGUACGAUGGAUGCUGUUGGUUCUGGGGUGGGGUUGGUAGGUACUGGUAUCACUGCGGGCGCUGGGCUGGUGGGAAGUGGCAUUGGUGCCGGAGUCGGGAUGGUCGGGAGUGGCUUUGGCGCUGUCGGCAGUGGCCUGAGCAAAGCAGGAAAGUUCAUGGGCAGGAGCAUCACCGGGCAGUCCAGCAAGAAGAGUGGCACUUCAACUCCAGUGAAUUCUGUUCAAGAAAAUGGUGGUGCGAAGCCACUCUAGUGUUAACACAUGUCUAUUGAUGAAUUGUUUGAAUUAGAAAUUGUAUUUUAGGCUGUACAAUUCGAUUGAGAUAACAAGUAACUAAAUUGCUCAUAUUUUUCAGUAUUUCAGUUUGGAAAUUUAUUCAAAAAUGGUAGUUCUCAA